UGCCCAAAACCCCGGCUGCUGUUAGGAAGCACCUUUCCCUCUCAGCUGGGCCACAGUCUAUGCUAGACAGUCAGAUGUUUCAGGUUCUCAGGUUCAGGUUUCCAUCUCUCAUCUUCCAAGCUGUUGCUGAGCUGAGUGGCUUGGUUGUUUAGCUGGUGCUGCCGAGCAAAUUUUGGUCUCUAUGCGCACAGGAUUAUCAGACACACAAACUUUUUUUUCUCUUUUUAACUUUUUAACAUUCUUUGAAGUGAGAAGCGAAGGAGCAUUUUGUGGAACGUUUUGUUUUGUUGUGUUUUGUUUUUAAUUACACUUUUUUUGGUCACUCUUUUUAGGAAAUUUUGCUCUGGUUUUUGCUUCAUCCUUGGACCAGUUCCUUGCAUGCAAUGGAUCACACUUUGUUCGGCUGUUUGCGCAGCCCCCACACCCCUCCGCAGGCCCUGCACCCUGCUUUCGCCCUUCACGGACGCUCCGAGCACCUCUCCACCUACCCUGACCUCUCCACCAACUCCUCUUCAACCUGCAUCGUGAGCGGUUACCCAGGUGAGGAAGGGGGACUCUAUGGGGGACAUGGGCACCAGCGAGGGCCACCCAUCUCCCAGCAGCAUCACCAUCUACCCCAACCACAGCAAACGGGCUGGCACAUACCCCAGACGCCCAGCUCCUCGCCCGCCAGUGCUCGCCUGGGACUGGGCAUCUCGGCCCCUGAUUCAGGCUCAUCAGACAUGUGUCCCGGGGGUCCAAGCCUCUGUGCCAGUACGCCGAGCCUCAAUGGAGGGGUGCCCUCAGGGGCCUCCUGUGUGCCCGGUGGAGAUUUUGGGCGUCAUACGAUGUCCCCGGCCGAAGCAGAGAAAAGGAAUAACAAACGGAGAAGUGACUGCUCUGAGUCCCAAGAUGGGAAUUACAAAACGGACGUCAACAGCAAGCCAAGAAAAGAGAGAACCGCGUUUACCAAAGAACAGAUCCGAGAACUGGAGGCAGAAUUUGCUCAUCACAACUAUUUGACGAGACUCAGGCGGUAUGAAAUCGCUGUAAAUCUGGAUCUCACGGAAAGGCAGGUGAAAGUGUGGUUUCAGAACAGACGCAUGAAGUGGAAGCGUGUGAAAGGAGGCCAGCAGGGGGCGGUAGCGAGAGAGAAAGAGCUUGUGAAUGUGAAAAAGGGGACGUUGCUUCCCUCCGAGUUUUCGGGCAUUCCUGGACUCCACCACACACGGGACUCUCUUGUCAACAAUGAGGAUAGCCACGACAGUGACCAGAGCUCUGAGCACACUCAUUUAUGAUGCACACAGAUCAGCCAUUUGAUGCUUAUAAUCGGACUAAGAUAGGCAUUAUUUUAAGAGCAGUACAUUUAUCACAAACAAUCAAGGACUGCACAGCAGACUGUACUCGCCAAACAAUAAAUAAAAAAUAAAUAAAAAACUGCACCACAUCCCCUUUCAGGACAGUUGCUAAGGGCUCAAAGUAGCUAGCCUACUAGCUGAGAUGAAAUGCUCAAUAAUCAUGUAUAAAUGUACACAGGACUUUUGUUUUAUAUGUGUACUUGAAUGAUACAGAAAAUGUGUGGUAUUUUGACAUCAGUAUUUUCAAAGGGAAAGAGCUAUGCUAGUAGUCUGACGGAUUGGGAAUUUUCUAUACACAUUUUUCAUGUGCUGCAUUGAAGGUGCCGUAUGUUAGCCAUUUCAAAAUCCCGCCCUCCUAAGACAUUUCAGCAACCUAAAAUGCUCAAAAUGGCUGACAGGCAGAGAGUACCUUAAAGUCGGUCAUACAAUGAUGUCCCACUGUCAGAUUUAGGGUCACAUUUAGGGGUGCAUUCUCAGGACAACUAUUUCAGUGAUAUUUGUCAGGCAGUUGUGAUUUUUAUAUGCAUGGUAUUCCAUAAAAACAAAUCACUGACAGCACCUGUAAAAUACCCUUCCACUGCUUUUUUACUUGAAAGGUGGAACCUAGCACUAAUUAAAAUGAUUGCUUGAAUCUGGUCAAAACAACAUUCCAUUCCGGUCUGGCAUGGGAGAGAACACAGGUGUAUGUUUUAGUUUGCACUGUCGAAUUAUGUGCCUAAAUUGAUUUCUACUGUUUGUUUUUAUACAAUUUUAAUGCAUUCGAAAUCAAUCACUCAAGCAUGCAGGAGAGUCAAAAACAUUGCAUCUAAUAUUAUGUCAUGUAAAUAUAUCAGUAUUCUAAAUUUGCAAUGGUCUAACAACUGUUUCAUAUGCACACAAUACCACAUGCUUCAACAAUAAAACUUUCUUAUGUUGCAUGGAUGAUUCUUUCUCUGGGUUGAACUGGUGUAAGACAUUGUUGGGAGAAUGAUUUCAGAAAACUGCUACUGAUUACAGUGAACUGAACUGAUUGCCUGUAUCUAAUAAUUUAAAUCUUGUUUAUUAACUCAGUUUGAUGCAAUUCAAGUGUGUACGCGAGAACAUAAAAUUGUUUUUAGCAGCGAACAAGCUUCUCUCACAGUGCUCAUGAACAUGCAACAGACACAAGAUUUGCGCUGAAAAUGACUUGGGGUGUUUCUCACCAAAACCUACCUGUAUCAUAUGGCUUCAGAAGACUUGGAAUAAGAUGCAUUAGUUGAAUGGACUACUUUUAUUGGGACUUUUUAAAGUCUUGAAGUGAAUCAUUAUCAACUGCAAUUGGAAAGACGGGAUAUGAUAUUCGUUAUUUUUUUAUUUUUUUUUAUUUUGUGUUCUACAUAUGAAUGAAAGUCAUACAGGUUUGGAACAUUAUG